AUGCUGACCACUUGUAGUAUAUUCAGCCUCAAGAACAAAGCAGCUUUGGCGCGGGCAGACAUCUCCCAUGUCCUGUCCGUGUUGCAUCUGAACGAGGCCGAAAAGCAGGAGACUUUUGAGCCGUAUCAGCAUCUUUCCAUAGGAGUCGAUGAUGUCGACGAUGAAAAUUUAUUGGAACAUUUCCCUGCCGCUAUCAAGUUUAUCCAGUCCGGUCUAGACAGCGGUAGAGGCGUGCUUGUGCACUGUGCUAUGGGAAAGUCCCGCUCCGCUACCAUCUGCAUCGCCUACCUGCUCCACCUGCAGCCGGCAGCUCUCACACCGCAAUCUGCCCUUGAGCUGGUGCGUGAAAGCCGGCCACUCUGUGAACCUAAUGAGGGCUUCAUGCAACAGCUGGAAGUGUACCAUGAAAUGGGCUGUCCGGAUGAUGUCACAGAUCACCCAGCAUACAAGCGCUGGCUCUACCGUCGUGAGGUCGAAGACAGUGUGGCCUGUGGCCGUGCCCCAGAGCUGAAGUCAGUGCGGUUCGAAGACGAGGAGCCCAUGCGCUCCCAGAAUGCUACAGGUCCAGUAGUCGAGUACAGAUGCCGCAAAUGCAGAUACAAAUUGGCAACCAACGCGUUCGUCAUUCCACAUGAAGAGGAAAAGAAAGACACCGCCAAGACAUCGGCAAGCGCCGAGUGCGGUCACUUAUUCCUUCACCCCCUGACUUGGAUGCGUCCGAGUCUCUUCCCCUCCGAGGACCACGCUGAUGCGGAUGCCACUUACGGAGCGCACCCCGAUGAUGCCCCGUUGUCUGGGCGUCUCACUUGCCCCAAUCCUGUUUGCGGGUCCAACGUCGGCAAAUUCGCAUGGCAAGGCCUGCGGUGCAGCUGCGGUGGCUGGGUCAUACCCGCCAUCGGCCUGACCAAAGCUCGGGUUGAUAUCGCCAACCAGGUCAACAUGGCUCGGGGCCCACGAGCCAACCCUGCCAUCCGCCUUCCUCCGGGCAUGCGGGCGCCAGAAGCCAAUGACUCGGCUGGUCGGGGGAAUCUAUAA